UGUUUAUGUAAGAUAAAAUGUUUUUAAAAAAAUCUAUAAAGGUGCAGUUGGCAAUAUUUUUGUGUUUUGAAUAUUUUCUUCAAAUCAGUUGUUUCAACUUUUGCUAUGAUUCUUCACACAAAGGUCAGAGACUAUGGACCGAUAUAUAUAAAAAAAUUGAUGUCAAAAGUGAGAUCGAAUGCAUUGUUUCCUGCGUUAAGGAAUCAUGUUGUCGAUCUAUAAACCACAGGAGAAAAUUAAGUCAAGGAAAUUGGAGUCUCUGUGAAAUGUUACAUAGUGUUCUCAACAACAGCAAUGAAAACGAUUUAAAACGUAAUCGAUUUUAUGAUUACAUUUUUUUCAGCUCGCCAUUCAAGGAGUACAAUAAAACAUGCGAAGUCCAAUCGUCACGCAACAAAAGUUACGAUUUGCUCUUCAAAAAUGCACAUGUUGAGAACGUGAUUCUAUUGGAUAAUGUGAUGCCCAAUAUGUCUGCGAUAACGUUGAUGUUUUGGAUAAAGAUAAACUCAAGUCAACGAAUGGCGUUGUUUUCUUACGCUAUAGAAGAUAGUCCCGAGGAAUUUUUUGUUGGCGUUGAAAGAAAUUGCCUUGUCGUCAUAAUGCAGUCCCAUCAUAUUUUAAAACUCAACAUUUCGGCAAUCAACGACAGUAUCUGGCAUCACCUGGCCAUCAUCAUUGGUCGCACUCGUAAAAAAAUAUUUCUUGAUGGAAGUACAAUUUAUAACCAAACUAUGGUCAAUCAUUCAUUACCUUUAUUAAGUGAUGGUGGUGUUGUUGCUAUUGGUCAAAAACUUGAGUGUGAGAAUGGAGUUUUUAAUCCAAAUAUGUCAUUUGUUGGUGAAAUAAGUUAUUUAAACUUGUGGAAUCAUGACGUUGUUUGUGAGAAUUCCAGUCCUAUGGUGCUGAUUAAUGAUAAAUGCACCACUGGUCUAAAUAAAAGUACUCUUGUAGUCAAGUGGAAUCAUGUAUACCAAUUUACAAGUGAAAAUGUUGUUAAAGUGCCCUCAUUACAAAAAACAUGCAGUAACAAAGGAGAAAUUUUCCCAGAAUGCGGAUCUGCUUGUGCAAAAACAUGUCGUGGUAUAUCACGUGGUUUAAAAUGCAGUGAAAGAUGCAUUCCUGGAUGCCAGUGUCCAAAAGGAUCUUACUUGGACGAAAAGAAUCGUUGCGUUCCUAUGAAGGAAUGCCCAUGUUUCUUUGAAGGAAAUUAUUACAAGGCGGGUGAAAGUGCCAAUGUUGGACGUUGUAAAACCUGUACUUGUAAUAUGGGAGCUAUGGCUUGCGUGGAAGACCGAAAUUGCUCCUCCAAAAGUCCUUGUAAAUCGUUCCUGUGCAAAAAUGAUGGUCGUUGUCUCAAGGAAGGAGAUACAUUCUCUUGUAUUUGUAUCAAUGGAUAUCAUGGCAAAACUUGUGAAGAGUUACCACCAACACCAUGUGACUCUCGUCCUUGUAAAAACAACGGUAUCUGUUCAAUUAAUGGAGAUACAUUUUCGUGUGAAUGUGCUGUUGGUUUUGAAGGCAACACUUGUGAAGUUACGAAUGCAUGUGCAAAAGGACCUUGUAAGAAUGAAGGUGUUUGUACAAUUGUUGGAUCUUCUUAUAAAUGUGAAUGUAAAUUUGGUUUUACUGGAAAGAAUUGCGAACUCAAUGUUAAACCAGUCUGCGUAAAUGCAAACUGGUGGAGGUCUUUCGACAAACAAGGAUGGUCAACUUGUGACACCACAAACCAGUUUAUCACUGGCUUAUAUCGCAACAAAUUAAAAGUCAACAAUGAUAGACUUAACCGUCUUGAAGAAGCCAAAUGCUGCAAAUCUAGUCCAAUAUAUAUUGGGCAGAAAAGUAUUUGCCAAAAUGCAGACUGGUGGGACUCUUUCAACAAAAAAGGAUGGAGUGUUUGUUCAAAUGGAUAUUUUCUAAGUGGUGUCUAUCGCUCAAACGGACACCACUUACACAACCUCGAAGAGGGAAAAUGUUGCAAACCAGUCAAUCAUCCCGACAAGUAUGGUGAUUGUUACCAUGAAAAUAUCAAAAAUGAAUUCAACAAAAAAGGAUGGACAAUGUGUAAAAAAGAUGGCUACUACGUCACUGGAUUAAGACGAGAUUCUGGGGAUUGGCUAAAGGACAUUGACAAUUUUAAAUGCUGUAAAAUGUGGAGUGGUUGAAGCUCCAUGCCAACCACAUGAUAAAUAAGCAAGUAAUGAUUUUAUAGAAAAACGUUGUUGUUGUAGUUAGAAACUGUUAUUUCAGUUAUUUUGUUAACUCAUUUUUCAAAUAAAACUUUGAUACAAAAGGAA